AUGUCUGAAGAGCCGGAAGAAGUCCAAGGUAUAGAAGACCUCGCUAUAGACACUCCUGAAAUUUCGCCACUUGAAGAAAACGUCCCAACCAUCGGCAGAUCUUUAGGAAGCACUUUUACCUACUAUAAAAUUGAAAUCACAGAUACUUCCAAAAUGCUAACAAUCCUGUAUUUUUUACUUAUUCUCCCUCUGUAGGCAAGAAAAAAACCAUUGGAGAAAUCCCGAUUUUUGGGGAAAAAAGUGAAAGAGCAAAAAUUUUAAUAUAAUUAUUUUUAAAAUGUUUAAUAUAUAAAUUGUAAUUAUUAUGACGAAAUCUCUAUCUAAUUCUGUUAAAUUUUGAAAACGUCCAUAAAUUUUAUAAAUAAAUUAAUUUUUACUAUUUUUUUAAAUUCUAAAAAUUUACUACAUAUUAGAUAGUUUAGCGUUAAGCCUUCUUGGGCAGGUAGCAUUCUUUUAUUCCGGAGAAGCUGACUUGUGGCAGAAGCGAAUUUAGCGGCUACCCCUGGCAAUAUAUAUAAAUUUAAAAAAAAUAUUAAUCCUAUCCAAGCAAAAGCUUUUUGCUCAUUCACGGAAGGGAAGCUAGUGCUGAGCCUUGCAAUGAAGAAAGUGACCCCGACAUAUAUGUCUCCUAUGGCAACCCUGUCGUGAGUCAAAGUAUUUUAUAAUCAGGCACCUAUAAUUGGAAGUCUACGAAUAUUGGCCCUGACAAACUUCAAAUCCACCCAGAUGAUCCAGAAUAUCGAGAAGGAACCUAUUAUGUAGGAAUUCUAUCUUACAAGCCAGGGUUAAAUACGUUUCAGGUCACUUAUUCUCUUUCAGAGACCCCACAGUCUGCAGAGCUAGAAGAGACAUACAGUGGGCUCAUUACUGAUUGCAAAUAUUUUAAAUUCAGGAUCGAAAAUCCAGGAGAAUCCCGGAUAGAAAUAAGAUUGCGCCCUGGGAAAGGAAAGCUUGCUAUGUUUGUUUCUAAAGAGUUAUAUUAUCCUUCAAUAGAAGAGCACCAGUGAAGCUUAGGUUUUUAUGAAAGUUUAGGACUAAUCGACGAUGAUUAUAUGCUCUCAUCAGAAACUUAUAUAGACCCUGACCCCUAUGAUGUGUAUUUAAAAAGAAAUUUUAGCAGAAAACCCACUUCUAGAGAACUGGACAGGCUGGCUACGCUUCCGAAAAGUGAGACAGAAGAAGAGAUAGGAGAAGAACUUAGGUUUUGUAUUGACACUGACGAAUGGAAAUACUCGAACCAAAUGUGCUUUGUGGGAAUUAAAAAUCUUACACAAGAGCCUAUUGAUUUUACAAUAGAAAGAAGAGAAGUUCUAGAAAGUAUCCUCGUUUUUAUUAUUCUUUCAAUAUUAUCCAUAGCAUUAUUAAAGCAUUACCUUUUUUAAUAAUUUACUAUAAAUAGGAAUAGUCUAAUUUCAGACGAACUAUCAGAAAGAUUCAAACUCUUCAACUCAAUUUUUGAAAACGUAGAGGGUAGCUCCAUUUCUCAAAUGGAAAGAAAAAGACUGAACGUUGGCAGCAAAAGCGAGUUCACUUAUGGAGAAAUUGACUUUGUUCAUAUGGCGCCUGUUUUUAAGUUAUGUGAUCCUCAGCCUGGAGAAGUCUUUUGGGACCUUGGGUGUGGGGCUGGAAAAUGCAUGAUAGCUGCUGCUCUGGCUUUCCCUGAGCUUAAAAAGUGCUGUGGAGUCGAACUAUUGCCUGGCCUUUACGAGUCUUGCAAGGCUACCUGUGAUAACAUUAAAACAGAUCUGUCAAUAGCCCCAUUAGAAGUAAUCCAAGGGAAUAUGCUAGAAGUAGACUGGUCAGACGCUGAUAUUAUCUUUACCUCAAGCAUAUGCUUUCCUCAAGAACUGAUUGAUGGGAUGCUAGAAAAAGCUCAUUCAUUGAAAAAAGGCGCACGGUUUAUUACGCUGAAGACUUUCCCGCAAAAUGAUAUUUUUGAAGUGAAAUAUAACUUGAGAGUGAAAAUGACAUGGGGAAAGACAGGAGUUUAUAUCUUAGUUAGGAAUUAA